UAAUAACACAUCAGUGACUGACUCACUGACGCGAAGUGAAGUAAUGAGUCGAAGCCAUCACGCCGGCGAGGUCGUGUCUAGGAAAAUUACAGGAAAACAAUGGGGAAUUUGACUUUCAUCUUGUGCGUGGCGGUUGCUAUGGCGAUCGUCGGUGAGACUGCUUGCAGCCGCUGUCCGCCCCGCUCCAAGGUCCCCGGCUAUAAACAGACCUGCACAGGGGACUACGACUGCCGGCACGGCAUGGUCUGCUGCCCCAACUGGUCCAACACUAAAAGCUGCGUCUACCCCGCCCCUUACGCCGCCAAAACCUUCGGUACAGGGAGCGUGACCAAAUAUGUUUAUAUCGGCUACGUCCAAGGGAUCAGGAAAUACUGCGACGGCAUGAAAUGCAUGCCGUAUCACGUUUGCAAACCUGACUAUACAAGACGAUUGACAUGCCAGCUUCCCUAAGGAAUGUUCGAUAGAUUCAUGACUCUAAAAUCAAGGAUCUAAACUUAAGAAAAUAGACUGGUCUAAUUUAUUUUCCACUUCAGUUAAAUGACUACUGAGUGUGCAUUGAUUUGUGUCAUUUUCCUUAUAUAAGUAGGUAUUUAUGAAUGUUAAAUAAGGUGAUUUGUACAAUAUAACAUAUCUUAGAAAGAUGCUUUAUGCUUUUAUGUUAGUACUUACAAAUUCAAUUAGAGAAUUCAAAAUCUCAUAUACUUACAGGUUUUCUAAUAAGUACUUAACUGUUUUACCUAGAUUAAUAUCACGUUUUGACCAGAAACUGUUAGAAUUGAAUAAUUACCUACUAUAUUACAAAUACCUAAAUAAUAAUACAAAUAUUACCAAAGUUUAGUUUAGUAAUUAUUUACAUAUACAUAGGUAUUAUUGUCUGCAA